AUGGAACGCCUGAAAGUGUAUUACGUUUCAGACAGUCAUGCGACACGGGAGCCGUAUUAUGACACCCCCUUUUCUGAGCGGUCCAACAAGUUAGCCAUCACCGUGCCCCAGGAUGAUAUCGGGGGGCCUGUCUAUCUCAUGCAGCAGAUCUUGACACCAGGUGGCGAUCAGGCACACUAUAUCUAUCUUUUUCAGCUGCUCCGCCAGUAUGCAGCGAGAAGCCAGACAAGUUGUGAGCUUUUGAUAAAGCCCCUUGUGCAGAUUGUACUUUAUUCGCUAGCUCGUUUAGGCUGUCUCGAGAUGUUUGGAAACACCGCAUCUUCUGGAGCUCAACCGAGUGCGUUAGAUAUUCUGGCUCGUGACGACUGUGCUGAGGCACGUGUUCUUUGUCUUUCAAUUCUUAAAGAUAUUGCAGCAUCCCCAUCGUUCAUUCAGCAAGGCCUUGGAUACGUAAACCAUGGAACCUCAUGGAUUGAUAUGGGCCCGGUGGCAGAGCAGUUUACAGACUAUGCAUCUUACAUUGGAAAGGAAGAAAAAGCAUGCUUGCACUUAUUAAAUAACAUAUACACCCUUGUAGAGAAGGACAAGCAUACGGUGGAGGACUUUUUAUCCAAGGAGGUGCACGACUACAUCAAUAGCAACACAGCAAACAUCUAUGGGAUUGCCUCCUACAACAAUUACUACGUAUAUACACCCCAGCAGGGCAUGGACAUACUCAUGUCUUUCACGUUAGACCCAUGCGUUGAUGUUGCCAAGGCCGCUAUGUCCCUCUUGAGUUCUCUCCUAGCGCUUCACGGGGACGACUUUCUGAGGCCUCUUGUAGAUUGUAACACAUGCAACAAGCUUAUCAACGCAAUCUUCUACGUCCUAGGAGCGCACACAGAGCGUUCCCGGACAGUGCAGCUAGUUGCCGACUGGGGCCUUACCUCCAAUAACGUUUAUCUUAUGCAGAGAUCAUACUUUGAAGGAUACUGUGCUAUAGUCACUGCAAUGGCGCACCACCUCAGUACGUUAUCCAAUGCAACCGAGAGCGGUUUGCUUUCCACCGCCAUCGUCAUGUGUUACUUUAGCAGCACAUUUGAGUCCGCCAUUGCUCUAUUGGACAGUAUCUUACUCACAGACUAUGGCCUUACUGGUGUGGUCUACAACAAAACCCUCGAAUUUCUCCACUUAGACGGCGGGCACUCAUUUGCGUAUUCGAUUCUGCAUAAUGUAACAGGCUUACUGAGCUCUAAAGCGAAAAAGGACGCCAUCAGCUUCUCCCUCUCCAUGCUGAAACACAAGGAAUGCGUGCAGGACUUCAGCCGCGAUCUACCAGGGCUAUUCACCCUCGUGUCCCAGCAGGAGUUUAGCACCAUGGAAGCUGCGCGUCUCUUCUCAGCGGCGUCCCAGUAUGGGCAAAAUCAAAGAUUGAUACGAGAGUUUCUAGACAGCGAUGAUGAGGUGGCUCACGAAAUACUCAAUCUAAUGAACGUAAGUACAUCAUCUAGAUUGCAGCCUGUGGAGCAAAUGGGAUACAAAUUCCAAGAGCUCGAUUUGGGAUGGACCAGGCCUUCAUGA